AACAUCUCUUUUAUAUACCCUUUCAAUACUAUUCAUAUCUCCAAUGCUUUCUAAAUCAAUAAGAUCUGUUGCAUUCAAGAGAUUCUCAUCAUCUGGGACUUUCAAACCGCCAUUUGUGCCCCUUGUAGCUGAAAAUGGAUUUUCUGAAGCCGUGGGGAACACUCCAUUGAUUCGUCUCCCCCAGAUUUCAAAAGAAGUUGGUAGAAACAUUUUUGCCAAGGCAGAAUUCAUGAAUCCUGGAGGAUCUAUCAAAGAUAGAGCUGCACUUUUUGUAGUUAGAGACGCUGAAAGAAACCAUGGAUUACAACCAGGUGGGACUAUUGUGGAGGGAACUGCAGGUAACACCGGGAUUGGAUUGGCUCAUGUAUGUAGAUCUAGAGGUUAUAAAUGUGUCAUCUAUAUGCCCAACACUCAGGCCCAACUGAAGAUUGAUACCUUACGUCUUUUGGGAGCCGAGGUUCAUCCAGUCCCUGCCGUGGCCUUUACAGACCCUCAGAAUUAUAACCAUCAGGCUAAACGUCAUGCAGAACUGUUAACCAAUGCCGUAUGGACAAAUCAAUUCGAUAACAUUGCCAAUAGACAAGCUCAUAUAGAAACCACCGGUCCAGAAAUUUGGGCUCAACUUGAUGGGAAGGUGGAUGCCUUCACUUGUUCUACUGGUACUGGUGGUACGUUUGCAGGAACCACCAGAUAUUUGAAAGACAUUUCCAAUGGGAAAGUUCAAUGUGUACUUGCAGACCCUCCAGGAUCAGUCUUGUACAGUUAUAUUAAGUCCGGAUUUAAGGACAUGGUCCGUGGAGGCUCAUCAUUUACCGAAGGAAUUGGUCAAGGUCGUGUCACUGAUAACUUGCAACCAGAUCUUGAAUUGAUUGAUGAUGCAUUAAAAAUUGAAGAUCAAGACUCCAUCAACAUGUUGUACAAGCUCUUGGAUAUUGAAGGACUUUAUAUUGGAGGGACUGGAGCUCUUAAUGUGGCUGCUGCUGUUGAAGUAGCCAAGAGUCUCCCUGAAGGUUCCAAUGUGGUGACUAUUUUGGCGGACUCUGCUCACAAAUAUUCAGACAGAAUCUUCUCCAAGAAAUGGUUACAAGGUAAGAACUUGUAUGAUGGGAUCCCAGAGGAUCUUAAAAAAUAUGCUAUUUUAGAAUAGGAACACCACUUCAUAGUGGUGGUAACUAUAUAAAUAAAAGACAAAUAAGUCC